GUUAUAGACUUUCUUGCCAAAUGAACUAGUAUUUGCACCAUUUAGUCGGUUUGGUCCCUUUUUCCUACUUGGCAGACCUCAGACAAGCUGAAAGGUGAAAAGGUCACAGGGCCUCUCUGUAACCCUGACUGGAGAUUGAGGAACUCUAAAGAUGACAAGCAACUCCAAUAACAGCAUUCUGGAUGUCAAGGUUUCCUCAACCCCUCUUCUGUCGUCACCGAUCCAGCAACGUCUGGUCACCAAAGACGGACGCUGCACCCUUCGCCCUCCGCUGUGUCCCUCUAGCUCGUGGCUGGGAGCGCCGAACCGUGCCUGGCUGUUAGCCCUGCAUGACAUGUGGGGACAGUUAGUAGGUCUGCGCUGGAGAUGGGUCCUCUUGGCCUUCUGUGCAUCCUUCAUCGCUCAUUGGCUGCUGUUUGCUUGUCUUUGGUACCUGCUGGCACAUGUCAACGGAGACCUCGAGGUGCCGGAUCAUGACGCGCCCCCAAAAGGGCACGUGGUUUGUGUGAAGCACAUUACCAGCUUCACUGCCGCGUUCUCAUUUUCCCUCGAGACGCAGCUCACUAUUGGCUACGGCACCAUGUUCCCCAGUGGCGACUGUCCCAGUGCUAUAGCUCUGCUGGCUGUGCAGAUGCUGCUGGGACUCAUGCUAGAGGCUUUCAUCACAGGUGCGUUUGUGGCCAAGAUCUCUUGUCCUCAAAAGCGAGCAGCAGGCAUCCAGUUCAGCCAUCAGGGCGUGGUGGGCCAGCACCAGGGUCAGACUUGCCUCAUGUUAAGAGCCACUAACCUGCUGAGGCGCCCUCUGGUGGACGUGAAAGUGAGUGCUGUGCUCUAUGAGGCGCACGAAGGUCAACCCUUGCAUCAAACCUCUCUGGACUUCUAUGUGGAUCAUCUGGGCCAACAUCCUUGCCCCUUCUUCAUCUUCCCACUAACUUUUUACCAUCCCCUGGACUGCCGUAGCCCCCUCUACUCUGUCCUGCGUGAAGGUACAUCGAAUCACUUUGAGCUGGUGGUGUUCCUGUCAGCCUCACAGGAGGGAACAGGCGACACCUGCCAGAAGAGGACCUCCUACCUUCGCCAGGAAAUCCAGUUUGACCGUUGUUUUAUGCCUGCCUUGGCGCUGGAUGCCUGCGGAAGGUAUGUAGUGAGCAACCAUCACUUUGACACUAUGCACUCUAAGGACCCUUUGGACAAGGACUGUGUUGUGCAAAUGAAUGGUGAUGGGAACGACAGGAUGGAGUGAGAAUAUUGUAGAGAAGGUUACACUUGGACAAAGGGCAGUGGUGGAGCAGGUACAGUAUAUUUUGAGCUGGAAAUGAGAUAAUUUGGGAAAAAAUUAAGAGUUUAAGUUCAAUCAUUUUUAAUUGUUCAGUCUAUUAUUCUUAUCAAUUUAAUCAGUUAUUCGAGAAUAAUUCCAUUAGUGGCUUUUUUUCUGGGUUUAACCCAACAGUCCGAAUACAUAUAAAAUAUACUUUACAGUGCAUUGAAGUCAGUUCACCCAUUUUACAUACCGCUUUUCCUCAUUAGAAUGAUGGAUGAAACCUGCCCAGCAGACCAUGAGAGGCAGAUUACACUCUAUAGUAGUAAACCAAUCACAGGGCACACAGAAACAAGCAACUUUUUAUUUUCUAAUUCACAUUUCAAAUACUAACCGUAAAUGCUUCUUUUUUAAAUGUGGGAGGAAUCCUUGGAAAAAGACCAGAAGUGAGCCAGGGUUCAAACUCUACCUCACAAAUAGGAGGCAGACAUGCUAUCCACUGAACCACUGCACUGCCAAUGAAUAAACUAUAGUGCAAUGAAUCUUUGCUAGACAUAAAUGGAGUUAGUGACAAAAUUUGCCAGAUGACACUUCAUUACAUCUAUCAUAAGCAUUCAUUAAUGCCCAUGACAGUGUCAUGUUAUAAUUAUAGCGGUCUUAUGACUCCCCUGUCAAAUAAAGUGUUACCUAUAAAACCAAAUACAGUAAUUCAACAAAUACGCCGCAGGAUUCAAAAUGAGGGUAAAAAGUAGCAGCUUAUAGUCCG